AUGCGUCUACAAAUUCCUUAUGGAAACUACCUCUCCAGUUCCUCGGGUGAACCCUACGCUCAGCUGCUACGUCGUCUCGGUUCAGAGUUGACACUGCAACUGAUGGUACAGCUCCUCACCGAACAGAAACUACUCUUCGUCUCGGUUAUGCCAGACCUCCUUGUUGACACAAUUCAGCAGCUCAUUACUUUGAUUCACCCAUUGCGUUGGGUGUUGGUGUACAUUCCACUGAUCCACAUGCGAUGCAUCCACGUGAUUCAAUCACCCUCGCCUUACCUCAUUGGGGUGGACUCGCGCUUUUUCGAGUUCUUCCAGCUGCCUCCUGCGGAGGCCGACAUUAGUGUGGUGGACCUUGACACGGGUCUGUUUCGUCCCGCUGCCACUACUGUUACGGACGCCCGCACUGUGCUGCCCCGCGGACCACAGAAGCGUCUGCGCGUCGCCCUAGCCCGCAAUGAGGAGCGCUUGAGCGAGGUCUACAUGCGCAUCCAACAUGACACCAAAAUGGGUGUUCGGGUCCAAGAGAAGUACAAAAGCCAAUUGGUAAGUGCCUUUAGGCCACUCUCCUCCCAGCUUCCCGCCAAAGGCGUUUCUAUUUGA